AUGGGACGUGUUGCCUUGGACAAUAUCCAGAAAUUUUCAUCUUUAUCAGCUUAUCUACCUGUAAAGUAUCAGAUAUCUGGCACGGAGUCCUCAUUUUUCCUUAGAGAAGCCAACCAUGAAUUCAUGAAAAACUCAAGUUUGCAAUCUCGUGUGGAAACCUUCUUUACGUACAAAAGUAAGAAGAGGCCCAUCGUCAGUGUUAGCUAUGGACCCUUCUUGGUGGAACAUGAUGUCCCUCAGGAUCUGCUGUGGACGUCCAGCACUUUUGGGCCCACCAACAAGUUUACAUUCAACUGGAAGCUAAAAACCUACAUCAUGAGUGAAAAAAUCUACUUGACAAAGCCCAAAGUCCAGAUACUUUUCUACAUUGUGGGGAGAGAUUGGGAUGAUUACAGUAUGUCUGAACAGCUUCCUUGCAUGCACGUUUUUGCCUUCUGGGAAACUUUGGGAGUCCGGGGUAGCUGCCGACUGAAAGGAGACCUGGGAUUAUGCGUGGCUAGUCUAGAGCUUCAGCCAACCUGGUUUAACCCACCCACAGUUGUCACUGGUCGUAAGAAAAUGGCUGAUCGGUCUGAUGGGAUCUCGGUAGAGCUUUAUUACGCGAUCCACCCUGGAAGUGAAAAUGGGGAGUGUAGCACUGAAGACCUACGGAAGGGUAAUGCAAUCCGUCCAGGAAAAGAAGGGGCAGGGGAAAGGAUGUCCCACUUACAACGCGUUGGGUCGAUCAGUCUCCACCAGGCACCGGAGAGUUCUCAGCUGACUGAGUUGUGGUUGGACAGCAACAUAGUCAUCCAGCUGCCGUUGAAGCCCGUCAAACAGGGAGAAGUUGUGACCGCUUCUGUGACAGUUACCAACAAUAUCACGGUGGAUCAAUUUAUUCUCAGAUGUUUCAUUACCUGGUUAGGUAACAGCAUCAUUAGAAUGAAGGAGGGUUGUGGAGACAAGGAGGAGGAGGAGGAUGACGACUGGGGUUUUUUUAUGCUUGUUAGAAGCAACAAUAAUAACAUGUUCAGUGAAGUUGUGCGAUUGAAUUUUGAAAUUGCCAGCUUCAGCAGCCUUUCGGGAACCCAGCCAAUAUCCUGGCAAGUGGAAUAUCCUCAGAAGAAGAUGACAGAGAUGGCCCUUUCUGAAAUUUUCAUUUGCCAAAAGGAUCUAGUGGGGAUUGUCCCACUAGCAAUGGACACGGAUAUCUUGAAUACGGCUAUCCUCACUGGGAAAACAGUUGCUGUCCCCGUCAAGGUGAUUUCUGUUGAAGAAAACAAUAUGGUGAUGGAUAUCUCUGAAUCGGUGGAAUGCAAGUCGUUUGCUGAGGAUGUGGUUAAAGGCUUAUUCCCACCUUGCCAACGAGUGUUAAAUUAUGAGAAAAGAUUGACGCGAGACAGUGAGGAUGAAGAUGAAGAUGAGCGGAAGGGAAGAGGCUGCACCCUUCAGUACCAGCAUGCCAUGGUGCGGGUCCUCACUCAGUUUGUGGCGGAAGAUGCCAGCCCAUCAGGGCAGCUGUCCUAUUUGUUGGGCUCCGACUGGCAGAUGGACAUAACAGAUUUGGUGACGGACUUCAUGAAGCUUGAGAAACCUCACGUGGCCCAGUUACAAGGAGGGAAGGUUCUGGUUGGGCAGGAAGUUGGCAUGACAAUGGUCCAGGUCCUUUCUCCACUAUCUGACUCCAUUUUGGCUGAGAAGACUGUGAUGGUGUUGGACGACAAGGUGACCAUCACCGAUAUGGGAAUCCAACUAGUAGCUGGGUUGUCCCUGGUCCUUCAGCCCAGCACAGCUAGUCAUCAAGCUUUCGUGGCUACCACCAUAGCUCAAGACUUGCUACACACUCACAAACAGGAGGCCAUGGUGAGCUCCUGGAUCCAAUUCAGUGAUGGUGCUGUGACCCCACUGGACAUCUAUGACCCCAGAGACUUUUCCCUCUCUGCCUCCUCACUUGAUGAAUCAGUUGUUACAGCUCAUCAGAGCUCUGCGGUCAAAUGGCCAGUGGUGGUAGCAGAAGGGGAAGGAGAAGGCCUCUUGGUCAAAGUCGAUAUGAUGAUCUCUGAAUCUUGCCAGAAGUCCAAGCGGAAGAGUAUCCUAGCAAUUGGCAAUGGAAACAUCAAAGUCAAGUUUGGCCAGAACGAUGGCAACCCCCAUAGUCUUGGGGAUUACAGUGCUGAGGAAAUUGAAAACCAUGCCAGUGACCGGAGGCAGAAGGUGUUGGACCAAGACCACCAUGGCCAGGAAGGACAAUAUUAUAGAAGCUCUUCUGCUGAACGAGAAGAAAGUCCUGCAAGGAAGAACGGUGUGACAGCCAAGUCUACAACCAAAAACAAAGUCUUCAAAAGUAUCCCCGAAGGAGAUAAACUUUCAGAUGAAGGUCUACUCCAGAACAUCCCGAUUGACUUCACCAACUUCCCGGCUCAGAUCGAUCUUCCCCAUAGCAAUAAUGGCAUGAAGGACAACGACCUGGUUGAGACACCUAGAGGUCUCAGUGACUUGGAGACGGGGAUGUAUGCCCUGUUAGGAGUCUUCUGCCUCGCCAUUCUGGUCUUCCUAAUCAACUGUGCCACCUUCACAUUGAAGUACCGUCACAAGCAGCUUCCCAUGGAAGGGCAGACCUCCAUGAACCACUCUCAUGACUGGGUGUGGCUUGGGAAUGAAAUGGAGCUGUUGGACAACCCAGCAGAUGUCUCGCCUCCGCCGGAUGAGUGCACCACGAUCAUAGACCAAGGGAUAGGCUUUGACAUGGGCAGUCAACUCCUCGUUGGCACUCCAAAAAAACUCCCGAGUCAAAGCAGUCCCAAAAUUCAAUUGGGAGACAAGCAAAUCAGGGACCUGAAGCAGGAAAAUCCUCUGCAUUCGCCUGCCUCCAAGCGGAAGCGGGUCAAGUUUACCACAUUCACCACCAUCCCUCCUGAUGAUGGUUGCCCCACCGUCAAUUCCAUCCUCAAUUGCAAUGAAGAUGACAUUAAAUGGGUUUGCCAAGAUAUGGAUCUGGGAGAAUCGAAACAGAUCAGGAACUAUCUGGAGAAACUCAAAGACAAAAUGUAGCAUCACUCCUUGGUUUUAAGAGUCAACAGCCACACCUUGAUGCCUUCAGAUGCAUUGAAAUAUGUGAAUAAACAAAUAUAUGCAUGAACUGGAGUGGGGACUGAGUAGGUGAUGUGUAGGACCAAUUUUGAUAGCCCAGCAGAUACGUUCUUUGAUAAACCCAGCUAGGCAGCAAUGUCUAAUCAAGCUGGACUGAUUGCAGGGGGCAAAAAAACAGUUGGACUUGGUUAAUCCUUAGAUAG